GACCAAUAGAAACGCACAUAACAAAAGGCUGCAUCGUGAUUGGCUGAAUCAAACGCUGCGCGUAGUUUCAAAUAUAAUGGCAGUGGAGGUGGACAAGAGCAGACAGAUGAUAUUUACAAAAAUAUGGGAUUAAGUUAGGAAAAACGUGUAACCUAUGCCCUCAACCCUAUCUCCACGAACAAAAGAGGGACCACAUCCCAACAUGGAGAGCACACCAAGUCGGCCCCCACUGCACGGCCUCAUAGUGAGCAGCACGCCAGUGAGUGAACCAGCCUCACAUGACAGUGGCUACACCAGUUUUGGUUCCCAUAAAUCUCGGAACCAUCUGGACUCUACAUUCACUGAAGGAAACCACUCCAGCAUUCACGACGAGCAAGAUUCUCUUCUGGAGAGUCAGCCACCCAAAGUUUCCCCCGUAGCAGGCACAGUCCAAAGAGUAAAGUACAGCUCCGUGCGGAAACGCCGAAGUCACCUCGGGCGACUGCACGUGGAUUUUCUUAAGGAACUGCAGACGUACGAGCCUGUCCUGGAUCAACUCCUGGGCAAGCUCACGGACGAAGACCUGUCCGCGGUGUGUCGCACCAGCGGAACGUGGAGGUCGGUCUGCCUGUCAGUUCACCAAGCGGCUGUGCGUUGGAAGAGAUACAUCCAGAUGAAGAGGGACAUCUUCGAAACCAAUAGGGAAAACCUGCCAUACAAGAAAUUCCACAGUGACCGCCCAGGGAACAGUGACCCGUUGUCGUCUGUGAACUGGCAGGCGGCACGCUCAUCAGAACUGCAGAGGAGCAGCUCGACUCCCCAAGUUCCAAGGUCAACGUGCCACAUCUUUGUACAGUCAUGCUCUGAGGAGUCUGCCAAAACGGAAGAAGUAGAGGCACACUGUCCCGCCUGCAGUCAACCGAACACGGUGUCGGCAUCGAACAAUGAUGCGGCCUGCAGCUCCUGUGGGCACCACUUCUGCGUCAAGUGUCUGAAGGUGCCUCACAAGACGAAAGAUUGUGACCGUUCGACCUUCUCUUGUUUGGUCACACCGGAGACCAAGAAGCCGAUCGGAAGCAAAGCGUCGAAGCAUAAUCUCAGGCGCCUCUAGUCUGGGCGCGCGUUGCGACUUCAGUAUCCUGUGACAUAUAUUGCACAACUAGUCCCUCGUGAUCAAACUGCACAAAUGGCAGCGGCUCAGUAUCGGCAUUUUCCAGUAUUCUAGAAACUUUUAUGCUUUUAUUUCUUUUUAUCUGGACUAUUUCCUCGGCACCCUCUUUUACCUCACUGGUCCUGUUGCAUUUCCUUGGUGCUCACAGGCUCAAUUUAGUGGCUGCAUUUAAGCUAAGGGUAUUUACUUUAAAAACUGCUAGGUUCGUGUACUUAAUGCCCUGUACAGCGUGUUCAUUUUAAAGGUUUUAGCUUUAUGUUUUAGGAAAGUGACAGUACUGGCUAUGUUGUAUCGUACAGCCUUUUGUACAUAGGCUCCGUAUUUAUUAUACAUUCCUUGUACAUUCUUCACUGUGUACAUAGUUGUGCAGCCAGGCUGCAUAUUGUAAAUACACCGCAGUGUUCUGUACAUGAUGAGUGAAAGAACUAUACAUGAUUGUGCAAUGGAAUUGAGUGGAUUAAAUACUCAUUUUUGAGAGGA